GGGGCCCGGCUUUGAUUGAACGUGGGACAGUUUGUUUUUCACAGUAAAAAGCGGGGACAGGGAUGUUAGUGAAAGCUACAAAUACCUGGAUGAGCUGGGUCUAAUUCCCAGCUGUGCCGCAGACUCCCUGGUGACCGCAUGGCACGGCUCUGUGCCUCAGUUUCCCCACCCGUACAAUGGGGAUAAUGAAUCUACUUUGGUCUGGCUUGUGACUUCAGACCGGGAGUGCUUGGGGCAAGGACUGUCUCAGGGGGUCUGGGCAGUGCCUGGCACAACGGGGGCCAGUGGCGUGGCUAGGGGGAGCGAACAGGGCCACCUGCUUGUACUCACUGGGCGGCGCGCCGGGUCCUCGGCGGCCCUGAAGACCCCCCGCCGCCGAAGACCUGGAGCGUCGCUGGCCUGCCCGCCCCUCCGAGCGCAGCCACAACCUGCAGCCAGGGGCCAGGGAGCCCUGCCAGGCCAGACGGCUCAGCGCUCCGGACCAUGGAGCCUCGUUGGAGCCACAUCGCUGCCCUCUGCACCCUGCUGGCCUGGGCCACCUGCACCACGCAGGAGGGAGCCGGACCUGACAAUGGCUUCAACAUCCAAGCUGCCCUGCUUCUGGGUGAGGAGCCCCUGGACCCCAAAUGUUUCACACGCUGCCUGGAGGACCUGACCUGCUUCUGGGAGAGCAGCAGCCCCCCGAGCGCCACGGAAUAUGGCUUCUUCUAUGUCGUGGAGGGGGACGCCCCGCAACGCUGCAACCUGAGCGUGGCCCGGACGCCCUGGAACAGCACCCGCUUCACCUGCAUCUUCCCCCCCCAGGACACCCCGUCCUUCACCCCCCUGCACGUUGGUGCCUACACUGGCAACAGCAGCAACAUCGUCCACGCCCGCACCAUCAUGGUCAACCAAGUGGUUCUCCCGGACCCUCCGUCCAACCUGACGGCGCGUGCGACCGAGAGCCCGGGGCAGCUGACCGUGAGCUGGCAGCCGCCCGGCCUCCGCUACCUGGAGAGCAGCCUGCGCUACGAGGUGGCCUUCGCCCCCGAGGGCGCCGAGCGCCAGACGGUCGACAUCCCCGACGGCCGCACCGAGUGCCUGAUCCUCAACCUGCGGGGCCGGACCCGCUACGCCCUGGCCGUGCGCGUCAAGCCCGACGGCGUCAGCUACAGCGGCUACUGGAGUGCCUGGUCGGCGCCGGUCACCGUGGUGACGCCCCACGAUCUGGACCCCCUGAUCUUGUCGCUGUCGCUCAUUCUGGUGCUCAUCGUGGUGCUCCUGGCCCUCUUUGCCCUGCUCACCCACCGCAGGUUUUUGAAGAAGCAGCUGUGGCCUGUGAUUCCCAGCCCGGAGCAAAAAUUCGAGGGGCUUUUCACCCUCUACAAGGGGAACUUCCAGCUCUGGCUGGGACAAAGGAACGCCUGCCUCUGGUGGAGUGGGAACCCUGGCUACUUGGAGGAGCAGCCCAGCCUGCUGGAGGUGCUGUCCGAGGGCCGCGAAUCCAAGGCGGAGGGGCCGGUGCCCCCUCUGCCCCCCAAAGCCCAGGGCUCGGCCCUGCCCAGCCGCCCUCAGCUGCCCGCAGAGCCCCAGGGCGACUACCUGGUGCUGGAUGAACAGCUGAUGCCGUGCAGCCUGGGCGAGGACUCUCUGCUCCUGCUGGAUGCCUGGAGCAGUGUGGGCGUUGAAGCCCCCCCUGCCGUGGGGCAGGAGCUGGGCCCCCCGGGGGCCACACCGGAGCCUGUCCCGGGGGAGCGGGUCUCGUCCUCUUCCAGCUUCGAGUACACCGUCUUCGACCCCAGUUCGGAGCUGCUGGCACCCUGCGGGCACCAGCGCCCGCUCAAAUACAGCUACUUGCUCGUGUCCGAUUCAGGGAUCUCUGCUGACUACGGCCCCCUGGGCACCAGCACCAACCGGCCCAACCUCUACACCAACCUGUGCCAGGAUGGGGGCCAGGCCCAGCCCUUCCCAGCCAGCUACGUGGCGUGCUCAUAGUGCCGGCAGACGGGCAGGGGACUCCAGGCCUGGCGAACAGAGACGGACCCCCAGGUCUGCCGGAUGUGGAGGAAACUCCUUCCCGGCAGGACGUCGCGGGGGACCCCGUCCCGGCAGGAGGUUCAGGAGACCUGGGAGGAGGUAAAGGAGACCCCCGUCCCAGCAGGAGGUUGAGGAUGGAUAUAUGACCCCAGCACCAGCUCCCUCUUGCCCGGUGUUUGCCAGGCUGUGGUGGGAGCCAAGGCAGGUGGGAGCCGAACUGCCCCAGCUCAGGCUCAGACUGGGCUCUCACCGGGACGGAAACUCCCACCUGGCCGGAUGGGCCACGAGGCGACGCGGACGGUGCCGGCUGUUGCAGCCAUGGAGCAGGUGGUCAGGGACCAACCUGCCAGCAGGGGGCGUUACUUCCAAUCGCCCCCCCACACCAGAGCUGGCUUGGAUUCGAAACACGAGCUGGGUGGAAGCUGUAGCCCCCUGUGCCACCAAGGGGAGCCCACCCACUCUGCUCUCCCCCCCACCCCCCAGCCUGGCUCGGCUGCAAGGGGUGCUGGGAGUCCUGCAAUCCUGCCCCUUUUCUUUUUGUACUUAUGUGUAUAGGGGAGGAAAGCUCAAAAAGCCCCGUUACCCCUGUAAAUCUGUUACAGCUGUGACCAAUGUAGUAGCCAGGCAGUAGGGGCUAGAGGUUAGAGUGAGGGGGUGGGCCGGGUGUCAGGACUCUUGGGUUCUAGCCCCAGCUGUGGGAGGAGAGUGGGGCCUAGUGGUUAGAGCUAGGGGAGCUGGGCGUCAGGACUCCUGGGUUCCAGCUCCUGCUCUGAGAGGGGAGUGCAGUUUGGGGGUUGGGCUGGCAGCCAUGACUCCUGGGUUCUAUCCCAGCUGUGCCGCUGACUGGCUUUGUGACCUGGGGCAAGUCCCACCCCCGCCCCCUUUCUGCACCUGUUUCCCCACUUGUAAAACAGGGCUGACAAUACUGACCAACCCGGGUUGUCAUUUGGAUCUUCCCUCUGCUAUAAGUAUUUAACCCCAUGGGGUUGUCCCUGCCCUGGGGCGCUCUCGUCAUUAACCCUUUAAGGGAUGCUGCCGGCGCCAGAUGGACUGAUUCGCCCUGGCACCACCGCAGUCCUCUUGGGGUGAGACCAACCCACCUGGCCAGCAUUGAAACACCUGGGGGCUGAGGGCUCCUAUCUGCCCGGCAGCGGUGGGGCCCCAGCUUAGGCCAGGGGCUUGUUAAAGGGGAGCAGGUGGGGCUGGCUAGGAGGGCCAGUGGGGGUUGAGAAUCCCCACAACUAGGGGACUGCCCCGCAGCGCAGUGCCCUGGCAGGGCUGGGGCCCAGCUGGGAGCCCGCAGCGGCUGGAUGCGUGAGAGAUCUUGGUUUUUUAAUAAAGGGGCUGGUUUUUUCCA